AUGGCUCCACUCUACAUUCAAGGUAAAGACCUGGGGAUAUCUACAUACAAAAAGGCAAUAAGAUUAAGACUGGUUCGUACCUAUAAUGUACCAGAAGGGAGAAAUUCAGAAGCAAUCAAAAGUCAAGAAUGUUUGUUUCAUGACAGUGAGGGCACAUAUGUUCAUGGGAAUAUUUCAAAAGAUUGUGUCGAACAGUUUUCUAAACUGUUGAAAGAAGGCAAGGUUUAUGCUAUAAAGGAUUUUGCAGUAAUCUCACACUACUAUCAGUACAAAACCACUGAUCACACAUACAUGAUUAGAUUCACUCAUGAAACUCAUGUAGAGAGACAUAGGCGAAAGGGUUUUCCCAACCUCAUGUUUCGGAUUAAGUCUUUUUCAGACUUAAUGUCUGGUAGUGUGUCUGACAAGCAUUUGAUUGAUGUCAUUGGAAUAGUUGUGGAGUUCUACAGUCCAAAACAAAUCACCAUAGCUGGAUUUCCUUCCAAACUUCUCGAUUUUCUUAUUGAAGAUGGCCAGCUUAGUUCCAGUGCUCUUUUAGAUUUUCUCCACGAUGAAGUCAGAAUUUCAAGUUCCUAUAAUGCUACACAACUAUGGUUCAAUCAUGAUUGCAAGGAAUUUAAGGAGUUCAAAGAUAGUUUGAAGGUUGCUCACAGCCCACCAAGAAGCAUACACAGUUUGUCUGCAAUGUCUUAUGUCAAUAGUGCAGAAAAUUCUAAGUCUCCAAUGAUAGUUACCACUAUCAAGGAUCUUUAUGAAAGAGCAGAGGAAGGAUACUAUUGGGUACCUGCAAGGAUUGUGCCCGUUGAGAGUACUAGGAAUUGGUAUUACCAUUCCUAUAGAGCUGAUGGCUGCUUUAAGAAGCUUCACAUGAAGGAUGGAAGUCUUCUAUGUCCAACAUGUCGUGCAAAGUGGCAAGAGGGUACCUUAAGAUACAAGCUGGUUGUUAGGGUAGGUGAUAAGACAACUGAUGCUCCAUUCCUCUUAUGGGACAAGGAGGCUGUGAAAUAG